GACGCACAGAGUCCUGAAACAUAAACAGUUAAAUAUCUAUAAAAACCCGAUUUUAAGAUUUGUCGCAGGUCGCAAGAUCUGAUUUAUCAUUUUCUCUCUUCGUGAGAGCGAAAACUUGUCUUGUUCAAUAGCGCUAUGUAUUAUCAUCUUUAAAGAUCUUUUCUUUUAUAUUUGGAAAAAUUUUUAGCUACUUUCUCGAGAAAAUAUUAAAGGAUUUUCCCUCUGUUAUAUAGAGUUAUUGUUGUAAGAAAAUUUCAGGGCCUCUGAUCGCUUUGUUUUUCAAGAUCUUUGUCCUUUCCUUCUCUAUUGCAUUUUUCUUGUUUAUAUUUGAGGAUAUCUCCUUCUGUUUAAUUAAUUUUCUCUAUAGAUAUAUUAAAAACAAACUGCAAUUUCAAAACUAUGGAGGCAAUUUUUGUUCCAUCCUCUGCCGAUCAAUCAAUCUCUCACAAGCAAAUGAAAAACCAAUCAAAGAGAAACACUCGAAGUUUUGUUUCAAGAUCCACUGAAAAUUUGGCUCCCACAAACAACAACAAUAUCCAUGGAAGUGGCCUUUUGUUUGCUCCUCCGCCUUCUCUUUCCUUUUCUUGCCCUCCUUCAUUUUCCAUUCUCUAUCCACAGCAAAUUCAAAGACAAACGCAGCCACCUCUCCUUCCUCUUCCGAUUUCCAGACCUUAUAACUCUCUCCCGUCUCGAACCCGAGACAUCUCUUGCCCUCCUAUUUCUAGAAAAACAAAUCGAACCAGAGAUCAAUCGCUUACUCCUAAGAAAUCUAAACAGCCAAUCACCAAAAGAGAAGAGCCUAGCCAGGAUUCGAAGGUGACCCGUGAUAAACUAUCGGCGAAGUCUUUUGUAACUGUGUCAACUGCACCAUUAGGACCCGACCCGAAAGAUUUACCAAAAGAUAUUUCUAAGGUUAUAUCAUCAUCACCAUCGUAUUUUUCAGUGGCAGGUAAUACCAUUGGAAUCAAAGAUUUGGAGAGUUUUUCAAGUACGGUAUUUACACUAUCCCCACCUCCUAGCAGUUUACCGUUGCCAAAGUUUUCUAUGAGGCCAAAACUCAGUUGCACUGCAGAAGCCGCCGGAGUGGAUGACGGCGCAACAGAUAAUCUCCGGCGACUUCUACGUCUACGGUGAAUUAACAUUGUGUGAUUGGUAACGAAGUUGGCAGGCUUUUGGAUCUUCCCUGUAAAUAAAAGCAUAAUCAAUUAUUGGAGAGUGGGCUUUGUUUGGUUAUGAAUUUCUUACUGUAAUGUCGUUUUUCCUUUUUCCUUUUGUUUUUUUGUCGUUUUUGUCUGGUUUUAGUCAGUGGAGGGAGUUUGUGAUCACCGCCGCGUUUUUGAAUUGGGGUGCACAAACCAAAGCUAUAGUAAAGGCAUAGCUGCCGUGUCUUUCUUUUUCAUUUCUCUUAAAAAGAAUUAUAAAAUGCUAUUUAUAUCUGAA